GGAGAUGUAGGUUAGUCAAUCUCCACGCAGCAGGGAAGGAGGAGGCGCCGGGGAUGUGGAGCCAAAUACAAACAGCAGCGGUGUCACCAGGAGGGAUGACCGGGACUGACAUGGACGGACGGUGCCGGGACCGGGCUCUGGAGGCUGAAGAGACCCGGGAUAAGAGGGGAGCGGGUGUAACGUCACAUGCUGACACAAUGACUGUGAGACGGGCUGCUGAGGUGACCAGGAAUAAGAAUCGCGCUGUACAUCCAUCCAGCCACAGGGUGACGCCUGUUGGUAAAGAAAACUCUGGGACUUGGAAAAAACUUGAACUUCCUCAGCUUCACUUGAGUGUAAAAAGUCAACCUGUAAAUAAAAUUGACUCUGUAAAAUUUAUUCAAGACAUUCAUCUGGGGAACAGUCCUCUGAAAGGUCUGGAGAACCAGCCAAGAAGUAAAGACUCGAAAGGUAUACGGCAGAACAUGCUCAGCAACAAAAUGACCAUCAAUGACCCAAUGAUGGAGAUUAACAUCAAAGACCCAGGACUUAUACUUAAGAAACAGUUAUCGAAUACCAAGUCUUACCCGUCACCCCAAAAGAUUACACUGAAGAAAACCUCCAGCAUCAAAGAUAAGAUUUCUGAAUGGGAGGGUAAACGUGAGACGCAGUCCCCGGUUCUAAGCAGGAAGGAGUCCGUACAAGUGAAGAGACAGGAUUCUUUUGGUACUACUUUUGGAGAUACGAAUGUGGAUGAUGUCAAGAACCGUCAGAAAGGAAGCUUCAAAAGGAUGUUCAGCUGGGAAAUGGACAAUAAGGACUCUGAACGAAAAGACUCUAUAAAACUAGAGAAAAAAACUGAGAAGGAGUCUAACCUAAGUGUGGAAAGCAAGGAGCAAGUAAGUGCCAAGAAGGACCAGGCAACGGUGCUGAGCCAAGUCAAAAAGUUUGAGCGUUCAUUGAAGGAUGGUCCAGUGGAGGGGCUGCCACAGUUGCCAGGAACCUAUUAUUCACCACAGUUUUUGUUGGAUUCUGAGAACCAGGAGAACAAACCGGGGUCCAAAACUAAAUGGGGGUCGGAUUCUGAGAACGCAGAGCCGAUUUUUGGAACAGUGGGAGAGGGGAGAACAUCUAGAAGGACCAGCAAUGUGGACAAUGUAUAUACAGAACCUGGGGCACCUGAGAAGACGUUACCAAUCAACCCAUUACCCAAACCAAGGAGGACUUUCCGACACGAAGGGGAGGUGGGUCCAGUUAGAACUGGUCUACGGAAAAGGGACUUACCUCCACUUCCUUGUAUACCUCCACCUCCUUUACCCACAUCUCCUCCACCGUCAGCUGUGAGCAGAAGACUUUGGAAUAGCAAGCACAGAAAUAACGGAGACCAUAGGAAGUCAUACGAAUUCGAGGACCUUCUGCAGUCGUCUGAGAACGGCCGAGUAGACUGGUACGCGCAGACUAAGUUGGCCCUGACUCGCACUUUAUCCGAGGAAAACGUCUACGAAGACAUCUUGGAUCCCCCAUCAAAGGAAAACCCCUACGAGGACAUAGAGACAGACAGUCGGUGUCUAAGCAAGAAGCGCGUUCCUGCGUACCCGGCCACUUUAUCCUCUGUUCCUGGAUCCCAAAACAAGAAGUCGCCCUUUUUCAGGCAGAACUCUGAGCGUCGAAGUUUCAAACUGUUGGACCUCCGGAAGCUGGGGAGAGAUGGCGUGGCCUCCCCCAGUAAACUCAGCCCCCCGUCCUCCCCCAGCAGUCCAGACGAUAACUUCUUCAGCACAGGAGACCAGCAGAAUGGCCGACGGAGGAGAAAAAUCCCAAAGCUGGUGAUGAGGAUCAAUUCCAUAUAUGAGGCCCGGCGGGGUAAGAAAAGAGUUAAGAGGCUGUCACCGACCGCAGACAACAACUCCGGCAGAGUAACCGAUGACAACAGCGAGUCGGACAGCGACACAGAGGAGAAGCUAAAAGCCCAUAGCGAAAGACUGGUCCACGUGAAGUCCCGCAUGAGCCUCACCCCGCGCUAUCACACCCUGGAGCGCGACCUCAUUGAGUACCAGGAACGGCAGCUGUUUGAGUAUUUCGUGGUGGUCUCCCUGCAGAAGAAGCCGUCAGGAACGGUCUACAUCCCCGAAAUCACCCAGCAGUUCCCUCUCAAGCUGGAAAGAUCCUUCAAGUUCAUGAGAGAAGCCGGCGACCAGUUUAAAGCCAUUCCCCAGUUCUGCUUCCCGGACGCCAAGGACUGGGCCCCCGUCAGUCAGUUCGAAAGUGAGACUUUCUCCUUUGUGCUGACCGGCGAGGAUGGAAGUCGGCGUUUCGGCUACUGUAGGCGACUCCUGCCUAGUGGUAAAGGAAAGCAUCUCCCUGAAGUGUACUGCAUUGUGAGCCGGCUGGGAUGCUUUAAUUUGUUCUCCAAGAUCCUGGACGAGGUGGAGAAGAGAAGAGGCAUCUCUCCUGCCCUGGUGCAGCCGUUCAUGAGAGCCAUCAUAGACGCCCCGUUCCCAGCUCUAGGACGGAAGAUCUCUGUGAAGAAUUUCCUGCCAGGAUCGGGAACAGAGGUAAUUGAACUGUGUCGACCCCUGGACUCUAGGCUUGAACAUGUGGAUUUUGAGGCCCUCUUCUCCACUCUCAGCGUACGGCACCUCAUACAGGUCUUCGCCUCCCUCCUCUUAGAAAGAAGAGUCAUUUUCAUGGCGGACACCCUCAGCACCUUGUCCAAAUGUUGCCAUGCCAUGGUGGCUUUAAUUUACCCAUUUGCCUGGCAACACACCUACAUUCCUGUGCUCCCCCCAUCAAUGAUCGACAUUGUCUGCUCCCCCACCCCGUUCCUCAUCGGGCUCCUGUCCAGCUCGCUCCCUCGUCUCAAUGACCUGCCGGUGGAGGAGGUUCUCCUGGUCGACCUCGGUAAUAAUCGCAUCCUGAGACAGAUGGAAGACGAGGACUCAAUCCUUCCCCGCAAACUGCAGGCGGCCCUGGAGCAGAUCUUGGAGCAACGCAACGAUCUGGCAGUGGAUAUCGACCAGGGCUCCACUAACGGGCAACAAGACUCCAGCUCCCUGAAUGACAUCGUGUCGGAGUCCUUCGUCCGCUUCUUUGUGGAGAUCGUCGGCCACUACUCCCUGUUCAUGGUUCCUGGGGAGCAGGACGAGAGGACUCUCCUCCGCGACGCCUUCCGCAAGUCUGUCUCCUCCAAGAGCGUCCGCCGCUUCCUGGAGGUGUUCAUGGAGACUCAGAUGUUUGGAGGCUUCACCCAGGAACGAGAGAUGCGGAAACAGGGAAACAAAGGUCUCUUCGAGGUUCGAGCACAGGAAUAUCUGGAGACGCUACCAGGAGGAGAACAGAGCGGGGUCAACAGAUUUUUUAAUAGGAUAGGAAGUAAAAUGCGUUUUUUACACAAGAAGUAGAUCAUGGAGGAUAAGACGGCCCCUGUGGACGUAUUUUUUAACUUAUUAACCAGCUGUCGCACUCUAUGGUAGCUGUGGAAGUGUCCCUCCUGUUGCUGUUUACCGAAGGGAAGCAGGAAGUUUGAGCCGACACAGAAUUCUUUCCCUCGCCGUGAAGAGCCGCCCCCUUCCUUGGAGACUUUUAGGAUAGUUGGGUGGUCUCUCUGUAUCAUGCACUGGACAGAUCUUGGAUAAGCUUGUCAUUGAAACCACAAAAUCAUCAUCAAUCGCUGUUUUUUAUUAUAUUUUUUUUGUUUUAUACAUAAAACUUUUCGCUUUUAUUUAUAUUAGGAUUUAAAAAUCUGUACAAGAAGAGUGACUGAUUUUAUCACCUCGAAACAUUGGGGAUAUUUAACUGUCCAAGAAAUCUGUGUCUCGGGAUUGUGGCCGAUGGGAGAGGCGGACGCCAGGAGUAACAGGAUGCGCCAAAGACUUACGUUCCUUACCCCUAGGACUAGAGGCGUUCGCUCUAAUCUAUUCCACUAAUACCUACUGGGCUGCCGGGUGUAACGCCCCCUCCUGACAACACACAGGUGUGACGCUCGGCGCCUUCUGGCAACUUUAACUGUGAUGAAUAACGAUGCACCUCCCCUUUAUCGUUUUUGCCCGUGGUCCAUCGCGUCGCCCGACGUUCGAUGUCUGUGGUACUGUUAUGUAUACAGCGUUACGUGUGAACAACCUUUUGUAUGUAUGUUUCUUUGUUCUUAUUGGAAGACUAGAUUGCGCUAUGGGUUAUAUAUAUAUAUAUAUAUUUCAUAUUCCCAGUCGCCAGAGGCGGAAAAUAUUGAAAUCUGAUGGAUAAAGGUUCGUGAGGAUUGGCUGGAUGUUUCAUAUGGGCCUAAAAUCUGUCAUUUCUGGACUGGAUUACUAGAUUGGGUCAAACCAAAUUUUCUAAACCCCCCCCCCCCCCCAAUCCAGUGUCUUCUAUAGAUGCAUAGUUUGCACAAAAAUAGGUUUUAGUUCCUUAAAAUGGGAGUGGCUAAGUAAAAAAUAUGGGCAGGGCUUAAAGGGGUACUCCGAUGCUCCAGCAUUCUGAACAUUUUGUUCCGAAUACACGGAGCUGGAGGCCGUGAUCGUAACAUCACGGACACGCCCCUUGGGGCGUGGUGUGACCUCACAAGGGGGCGUGGUUGUGACAUCCCGAUCACUUCUGCAGGAACCCGGCGUUUGUUUUGAAUGUCGGGUGCUGCUGGGGCCCCCAUGAUCUCCCGCAGCGGGACCCUCGCGAUCAGACAUCUUAUCCCCUAUCCUUUGGAAAGGGGAUAAGAUGUCUAGCAGUGGAGUACUACUUUAAAGGUGAGGGGUGACCACCUUACGUCACACAGGUCUAGACACAGGAAUUAUUCCUUGAUGAUCAUGUGUGCGAAAAUUUCUAAUAAUGGACAUUAGUUGGCACUAGGACCACUCGGACAUGUUCUGCCUCCAUAGACUGCAAUGCAUAUGCAAGGGGAUUCCGCCAAAAGAAUGAGCCAGAUUGUUCUUUCGACAGGUAGCUGAAUCCUACAACAAACAAUGGGGGGCUGCUCUUUCGGAAUUUUCGGUGGACAUCGCCUUUCAGAAUAGUCUAGUCCGGGACUACUUUGCAGCAGAGUAAGGCUGCAUUCACACUUCGUUUUUACAUUACGGGUGUUGGAUCCAGGUGGGGGAGGGGCAAACCGGGCAUUUCCGUACCCCAGCCGAACCACUACGGUUUUAGGCCCGGUCACAAAACCGAAUACGGGUCAAAAAUGAGCCAACCGGAGUCACCGUUUGACUCCGGUCGGCUCAUUAAAGUAAAUGGAGUUCAGCGCUGAUCCGACUGGGGUUUGCCCCUCCCCCAGCCGGAUCCGGCACCCGAAAUAUAAAAAUGAAGUGUAAAUGCAGCCUAAUACUAGAAUUGCUGAUGUCAUUGUAAGAAACACGCACAUGAAGACAUGUCAAAGUUUUGAUCAGUCGGGGUCUCAGUGAUGGACUUCAUAGACUAUAAUGAAUCCUGUUUCCUGCAAUGACUGGGUAUAAAAUGCUCUGUCACCUAGCUGUAUCUAGUGAUCAGAGGGGGUCUCAUCAAUGAGACCCUGACCAAUCAAAACUUUUGACAUAUCAAAUUUUUUCUAUAGUUAAAGUAGUUCCAGACUACUUUGCACCAUAAUAAUACUGUUAUUGGUAAGAUGGACAUUCCCUUUAAGAAUAGUCUAAAGCGGGACUACUUUACACCCUUUUCACUUUACUUAAAUGGGUACUCUGGUGCUCCAGCGUUCUGAACAUUUUGUACAGAACGCUCGGAGUUGGAGGCCGUGACUGUGGGCCACGCCCUCCCGUGAUGUCACACCACACCCCCUCGAUUCCAACAUGCCCCAACCCAUAGACAUGAAUGGAGGAGACGUGGCGUGACGCCAUGAGGGGGCUUGGCCGUUAACGUCACGACCACUACCGCAGGAACCUGGCGUUUGUUAAAACGCCGAGUGCUGCGGGAGAUCGCAGCGGGACCCCCGCGAUCAGACAUCUUAUCCCCUAUCCUUUGCAUAGGGGAUAAGAUGUCUAGCAGCGGAGUACCCCUGUAACACUCUGGAACAGCUUCUAGGUCAGUGUUUCCCAAACAGUGCACCUCCAACGGUUGCAAAACCCCAACUCCAGGCAUGCUGUGCGUCUCCUGUUUAAACAGGGCGAAGUGCGGUGGAUGGUGAUAAAGGCCCCACAAAAGAUCAGUUUGGCCUAAAGACAAUAUGAUUGUUGGCUGAUCUGUCUCUUUUAGGCUGUGUUCACACAGGGCAGUUAACUAGCAGUACCUCCUCUAAGUACUAACACAGUUUUAACGUUAUUUUCCAAAACCCUACAAAAAAUUGUGCAUUUUCACAGCGAAUAGCACAGUCUUACCGUGAUUAUGCAAAUUGCUGUAAAAUUGCCUAAUUUUUACCGCAAUUUCAGUAAGUAGCUGUAAAAUUGCUGCUGUAAUUAAGAACGGUACCACUAAGUUAACUUCCCAUGUGAACACAGCCUUACACAGGCCAAUUAUAAUGUUGGGAAUGGACAACCAGCUAAUGUAAUGCUUUGUUUUGCCUGUGGCGGCACUGUAGAGAAAUUGAACACUUGCUUCCAGUUCUCCUUACAGCUGAUCGCUGGGAUAACCGGUGAUCAGUUUAUAGUUGUAGGAUUCUUAUAAUAAUAAUGAAAAAUGAUAGUCCAAAGUGCUAGGAAAGUCUGUACGCUCAAUUUAACCAUGUCAUGACUUUUUUUCCAUUGCUGAUUUAACAUGACAUUUUAGACCUCACCUAUGUACUGUAGUGGUCCGAAACCCAGUCGUGAAGGCCCACCAACAGUCCAACGGUCCCCAAUCCACUCCUCAAAACCAACCGAAAGUCAGAGGUCCCCAACGCAGUCCUCAAAGCCCACCAAAAGGCCAGAGGUCCCCAACCCAGUCCUCAAGGCCCACCAACAGUCAAGAGGACCACAACCUAGUCCAUAAGGUCCACCAACAGUCCAGAGGUCCCCAACCUAGUCCAUAAGGUCCACCAAUCCAAAGGUCCCCAACCCAGUCCUUAAGGCCCACCAACAAUCAAGAAGUCCCCAACCCAGUCCUCAAGGCCCACCAACAGUUCAAAAUUGAUAUUUUUCCCUGCUGGCUAACAUGACCUUCUUGACCUCCCCUACUGUAGGCCAGUAGUCCCCAACCCAGUCAUCAAGCAUCACCAGAGGUCUCUAACCCAGUCCUCAAGCCCAUCAACAGUCCAGAGGUCCCCAACCCAGUCCUCAAGGCCUACUAGCAAUCCAGUGGCCCCACACCCAGUCCAUAAGGCCCAUUGACAGUCCAAAAUUAAUAUUUUUCCCAGCUGGCUAACAUGACCUUCUUAACCUCCCCUAUCUACUGUAGACCAGUGGUCCCCCAACCCAUUCCUCUAGGCCCGUCAACAAUUCAGAAGUCCCCAACCCUGUCCUUAAGCACCACCAACAGUCCAGAGGUCUCCAACCCAGUCCUCAAGGCACACCAACAGUCCAGAGGUCCCCAGUCCUCAAGGCCUACAACAAUCCAGUGGUCCCCAACCCAGUUCAUAAGGCCCACCAACAAUCCAGUGGUCCCCAACCCUGCCCAUAAGGCCCACCAACAAUCCAGUGGUCCCCAACCCAGUCCUUAAGGCCCACCAACAGUCCAGAAUUUAUAUUUUUCCCUGUUGGCUAACAUAACCUUCAGGACCUCCCCUAUCUACUAUAGACCAGUGGUCCUCAAGCCAUUCCUCUAGGCUCGUCAACAAUUCAGAAGUCCCCAACCUUGUCCUUAAGCACCGCCAACAGUCCAGUGGUCCCCAACCCAGUCCUUAAGGCCCACCAACAGUCAAGAGGUCCCCAACCCAGUCCUCAAGGCCUACUAACAAUCCAGUGGCCCCCAACCCAGUCCUCAAGGCCUACCCAACAAUCCAUUUGUCUCCAAGCCAGUCCUUAAGACCCACCAACAGUCCAGAAUUUAUAUUUUUCCCUGCUGGCUAACAUGACCUUGACCUUCCCUAUCUACUGUAGACCAGUGGUCCCCAAGCCAUUCCUCUAGGCCCGUCAACAAUUCAGAAGUCCCCAACCCUGUCUUUAAGCACCACCAACAGUCCAGAGGUCUCUAACCCAUUCCUCAAGGACCACCAACAGUCCAGAGGUCUCCAACCCAGUCCUCAAGCACUACCAACAGUCCAGAGGUCCCCAACCCAGUCCUCAAGGCCCACUAACAUUAGUAUAACUUUCCCCAGUUCUAUUCCAAUGAGUUACUAAAAAAAAACUUGAAAUGUUGGUGGACCUUGAGGACUUGGUUGGAGAUCACUGAUCUAGACUAGAAUGGGGAACCUGAUUUGUGUUAGAACUUUGAGAAUGGCAAAAAAAAAAAUUUCUCCCAAACUUUUUUUUCUGGAGUUUUUCCUUUUAAAGUUCUGUUUCUAAAUGUGACUUUCGUAGACUUGACACAAACUUCAUUUUUCUGUAAGAAGAAGCAGCUGCCAGUGAUUGUAACCACAUGCGUCUCAUAUGUGGUGGAUGAAGAAGCUGUUCGGACUCUUGCAUCUUGUAACAUGAAUGUUUGGCAUUAAGGGGGGGGGGGGUGGGAGAACGGGUAGAGGGGAUGUACUGUCCUGCCCACCUUAAUGCAUUCAGCCUUGUGUGUUGACUGCUCGCGAUGACUGUGCCUUAGAAAGAUACCAAAGAUGGCGGAAAAAAUUAAAAUAAAUUCCUUAAAGAUGAGGAAGAACUCCUACAAGACAUUGGCAGAGACUGAUACUGAUGAGUCGAUGGCCGGCGGGGAAUACUGAAACCACUAAUCUAAAAGCCUGUGAUCAAGUUAGACAAAGCUAGACAGCGCCCUCUGCAGGGCUAGCUGUGCACAAAUUGUUCAAAUAUAAUUCUAUAUAAAUAUAUAAUUCCAAUAAAUGAGCCUGUGGUUUAUAUGGAGAUUUGUUAUUUGUUUUUGAUUUGUUUUUGUUUAGUUUUUUUGCCUAUUUUAGAAAUAAAUAAUUAAUUAUUUUAUCUGCUUUUGGUUGGUUUGAUUGAACUUGGCAUUUUCUUCAGACA